UAUAGUGACUUUUGUAAUUUUGCCGGUAAAACAGUUGUUGUUUUUAUCAUUGUCAAACAAAUUUAAGAUGACUUCUAUUUUGUGCCCUGAAAUUCCAAAACCCGGCUUUUCUUUCGAUAAUUGUCAAAGAAAUGCCACUCUUGAAAGUAAGGGGUUUGCUGUACCAAAGGCGACAAAAACGGGAACAACAAUUGUGGGUAUUAUUUACAAAGAUGGGGUGAUUCUUGGGGCAGAUACCAGGGCCACUGAAGACACCACAGUUGCUGACAAGAACUGCGAGAAAAUUCACUUCUUGGCCCCCAACAUGUAUUGUUGUGGUGCCGGUACAGCCGCCGACACGGAAAUGACCACGCAAAUGAUUUCGUCGAAGCUGGAACUGCACCGUUUGUUCACAAACCGCGUUGUGAGAGUUUGCACUGCAAAUCAAAUGCUCAAGCAGUAUUUGUUCGGCUACCAGGGCUACAUCGGGGCUGCUUUAAUCCUGGGCGGCGUGGAUUCCACCGGGCCCCAUUUAUACAGCAUCUACCCGCACGGUUCCACGGAUAAACUGCCCUACACCACCAUGGGGUCAGGUUCUUUAGCAGCCAUGGCUAUUUUCGAGUCCCGUUGGAAGCCCGACUUGACCGAGGAGGAGGGGAUUCAGUUGAUUAGGGACGCUAUCGCCGCGGGUAUUUUCAACGAUUUGGGGUCAGGUUCGAACGUGGAUGUGUGCGUUAUUCGUAAAGGGUCUGUUGAUUAUAAAAGGACCUAUGAUGAGGCUAAUAAAAAGGGGGUCAGGCAGGCUUCUUACAGAUACCCCAGGGGUACAACUAAAGUUUUGGACACCAAGGUUUUCACUGUUGAGGAAACAGUCCAUCAAUUGGAGACAGAGAGUAUGGAUACUGCUUAGUUUUUGUUCUUUUUUUUUCUUAUAAUUUAAUGAAAUACUUUGUAAUUCUUGCAUAA